AUUAAGUAUUUACACAUGUUACUGUUAAAGUACAUCCGGGAGUUUAAAUUUAUAAAUUACAGUUUAUAGAGAUUAAAAGUGAUGAAAAAGAAAAACACUACACAUCAUUGCUCUCUGUGUCCUUAAACCUGUUUUCAAACCAAACCGUUUCUAUUGACUUUUGGGUUCUCUUUUCAAGUUCAGAAAAAAUAGACAUUUGGAGGGAAAUAUGCAGAAGAAAAAAAAAUUCUCUCACUCUCCAUCUCUAUCUCUCGCGCACUUGAUUCUAAAUUGACGGUGAUGAUCUCGACCUGUUCCGUAAGGUAUUCAAAAGUUGCAAAAAGGACAAACAAAAAGACAGCAAAUAUUUGCAGAGGUUUUAUUCCUGUUGGUUUUAUCCACGUAGAAAAGCUGCCAUUAAAGUCUCUUUGAACAGGGAAAAGUUGGAUCAGGCACUUUGGGCUUUGGAUUCUUCGUCUCUCAUUUGGGUACUUUCCUAUGUUUGUUUUUUUGUGGGGUUUUAGCAUCUGGGUACUUUUUGAUGAUUUUGUAGUCUGGGUUUUUUUUUCCCUUCAGUAAUAUGGAUUAUUUUAUCAGGUUUCUUUAGGUUUUGAGUUUGUUUGAUGGAUGUGGAUCUUUAGAUUCUUCAAGUUAGGUUGAGAUAGAUGCUGAUUUAUCUCAAAGUUUUGUUACUGGGAGAAAGAUCUAUUUAAAUCUUUAAGGUCAUUGUCAUGGUUCAUGAUAUGUUCACACUAAUAGUAAUAGUAAUGGUAGACUCUAUAAUGUGUUUGGUUAGUUGGAGGUUGCUACGAGAAGAGCUUUCACAUGUUAAAAGUUAUUUGUAUAUCCCAGCAGGCUGUCACUUCGCUGCCAUGUACUUUCAUCUGCUUGCUGUUUGAUUGUUGAAACUACUUUUAUUGAUGAAAUUGAGGUAUGAAUAGUUGUAGUACUUCAAAUAGUCAGGAACUUAGAUUGGUUAAGGAGCUGUUAUCAUUAUAACGUCAUGGAGCCAUUAAUAUGACAAGGUCUCCCUUAAAUUUUAUCUGCUUGCAUUCGUUAUUCGCUUAUCAUAGUGAAAACUGUCCUUAAAAUUAUUUGCUGUUAUCUUGUGGUCACCACUCACCAUAAUUUGUUCUUGUCCUCUGCGUUUUCCCAGGUUAGCAAAGCAAAUUCAGAAAUUGCAGUGGAUGUGACUACGUGAUGUUUUCUUAAGUUAGGGUCCAUUGCUAGGAAAGUUUUGAAGGACAAAAUUGCAUUAAGAUUAGAGCUCCAUGGGUCUUCAUUUUGUUUUUUUCUCUCUUAGCUAUUCUAAUUUCAAUGACCAUUUUGAUUAGGUUAAUUGACCUGGUCACACAAAUAAGGCUUGCUGUGCAGAUUAUUUGUUUUUGUUCAGAGUCUGGUGAAGGACUUUGGAACAAUCAUCUCAGUAACAGAUGGUUCAAUUACUUUUUACUUUCAUGUUCUUUUAGUUCUCAAAGAGGGAUUAUGAGGAUAUGAUUUGAAGCUUUAAUUGAAUGGAAGGAUAGCUGGCGAUCUAAAAUUAAGCCAUGGAAAACAGGAACAUUAAAAAUAUAUGAAAGACUGAGAAAAAGAGAAGGAACACAUAAAUUUGUGGCUUGGCAAAAUGCCUAUGUCCAUGGAGCCUGCUGUAUAUUUCAAGGGGCAUUAAGAAUCAUAUUGCAUGUGAUUUACACCUGAUGUUGUCAUUCCUCUGGUCGUCCACAAGAAAACUUCCCUUUUAGAUUAGUAUGAACUGAAAGUUAACCUCUUUUGAAUACAAGCUAUUGUUCAGUAGAGGGAUUAUCUGAAAGCGUGCAUGAAUAGAUCACAUAGGUUGUCGCUUAUAAAGGUGAUCCAUUUGUUAAUUGUUUGAUUUUGUUUGCAGCUCCUGGUAUAUCAAGUGAGAAUACUUUACAUAAGAGUGAUUUCAAGUAGGGAGUAGGGACUAGCGAGUGAUUUCAACUUUCAAGCAGUAGAAGUUUAGAAGGAGAAAAACUAGGGACUAGAACUACUAGAAAAUUUGACCCUCAUAAAGCCUGAAUGGAGAAAGAUGAUCCAUAUAAGGCAUUCCCAUAAGUUUGUUAAAUUAAGUAUUGGUCGUACUGGUCUAAUGUUGGCCUGUAUGCCGUUACUAAAUAACUGAUACAAUAUACACAAUUAUUUUGAGCCAGUACUUGGUAUAAAAUUUGAGUAAAUGGUCUACUGGAUUAGCAUCUUCAUUUUAUGCCUUCAAUUCAAAUGCAAUAACUCAAAUAAUGAAAAUUUAUGCCUUCAAUUCAAUCCUUCUGAUUUUAUUUACAAAUUUCUUUUAAAGAAUGAAAGUUUGUCUUAACAGUCGUCUUCUUCUUUACAGAUAUUUAACACAUGUCCAAAAGUAUGCAAAAUGUGUUAAAGGAUGUUUUCCCAUUUGGUGACAUAUGCUUUGGUCUUUUGGUUGGACUUAAUAGCAUUGGCAUUGGGGACAAAAUAUGGACACGAGUUCUUAAAAAUCAGCAUAAGUUCUUCCCUUUAAUUAGCUUUCAUUUUUCUUUUUGUCUGUUUUCCUUUUCCUUCCCUUUUGGUUAAGAUGAGUUAUGCUUAAUCUAUUUCCCUGUUUAAGUGAGUUCUAGCUCACUGUGCAUUGUGCUUGACAGUCUGGUGGUGAUUUUGUUUGUGUCAACCUGAAUUCAAUAUUAUGUAGUUGCCAUUCUACAAUUUAUGGAGGUUGUGAUUUUAAUUUAUGGGUUUAGUGCAUGAAUGGAAUUUCUACAACUCUCUUUUAUAAUGUCAUCUUCAAUAAGCCUCCUUUGUCAUUUGUAUCUUAUCCAUUUGACAUUAUAACGUAUAUUUGCUGAACUUUUGGCAGUUCUGUUUCCGCUAAGGCUUAAAAAGCAAAAGCUUUUGGAUCAAAUGGUGCUCAAAAAAUGGUUUGGAAGUCUUCUUUUACUCAUAGUUGGCACUUUCAGCAAUGCAGUAGGUGCAUUUCUAGGAAUAAACAUCGGAACUGAUGUUUCCAACAUGCCAUCAGCUUCAGAUGUGGUUGCAAUGCUUAAAGCCAAUCAAAUUACUCAUGUGCGCCUCUAUGAUGCUGAUGCUCACUUGUUGAAAGACCUUGCAAACAGUGGUAUUGAAGUUAUGGUUGGUAUUACAAAUGAGGAAGUCCUAGGCAUUGGGGAAUCUCCAGCAGCAGCUGCAGCAUGGAUUAACAAAAAUGUGGCUUCUUACAUGCCAUCUACCAACAUUACAGCAAUUGCGGUUGGCAGUGAGGUCCUCACCUCUAUCCCUAAUGCUGCUGCUGUUCUGGUUCCUGCCAUGAAUUACCUUCAUAAAGCUCUGGUGGCUUCAAAUUUAAAUUUUCAGGUCAAAGUUUCAACUCCCCAGUCCAUGGACGUUAUUCCUAAGCCUUUCCCACCAUCAACUGCCACUUUUAACUCUACCUGGAAUUCUACGAUUUACCAGGUCCUUCAGUUUUUGAAGAACACCAACUCAUAUUACAUGUUAAAUGCCUACCCUUAUUAUGGAUACACUACUGGAAAUGGAAUUUUCCCAAUUGAUUAUGCUCUUUUCCGACCACUUCCUUCUGUCAAGCAGAUUGUUGACCCCAACACUCUUUCUCACUACAAUAGCAUGUUUGAUGCGAUGGUGGAUGCAACCUAUUAUGCCAUAGAUGCUUUCAAUAUUUCUGGGAUUCCUGUAAUUGUUACUGAGAGUGGCUGGCCUUGGGUUGGCGGAGCCAAUGAACCUGAUGCCACUGUUGAAAAUGCUGAGACCUUCAAUAAUAAUUUGAUCCUUAGAGUUUUAAAUAAUUCCGGCCCACCUAGUCAGCCAACCAUACCCAUUAAUACAUACAUCUAUGAGUUGUUCAAUGAAGAUAAGAGGCCAGGGCCUGUAUCAGAGAAAAACUGGGGCUUGUUUUUCCCCAAUGGCUCUGCAGUUUACACUCUCAGUUUGAGUACUUCCAAUCGAAUUACCAAAAAUUCUUCUGUCACUUACUGUGCUGCUAAGCCAAAUGCAGAUUCUGCAAAGUUGCAAGAAGGGCUGAACUGGGCUUGUGGGCAAGGUGGGGCUAACUGCAUUGCUAUCCAACAAGGGCACCCUUGUUAUCUUCCUAAUACUUACCAGAGCCAUGCAUCAUAUGCUUAUAAUGAUUAUUUUCAAAAAAUGCGUGGCGCUGGAGGAACGUGCGACUUUGAUGGUACUGCCAUGACAACUACAGUGGAUCCUAGUUAUGGAUCCUGCAUUUUUACAGGAAGUUCCAAUUUGAGCACAAGCGGAGGAAUUUUUCCACCGGUGUCACUUGGACCCAUAAGUCCUCAAGGAGGGAGUUCAAGUUUGAGCUCCGAAACUUGCAAGUUGCAGUCGCUAUUAUCUGCAGCACUCCUCGCUCUAAUCUUGCUCUGAAUUCCAUCAGCCAUUCAUUUUUGCAGCAUGUUUAGGCGUUUCAGCAACUGCAGAAGAUUAGUAGCCGCAUUAUAGAUGGUUAAAAUGUAAAUUAACUAUCUCCAUUAAAGAAUAGGAAAGUGUUCCAAGUAAUUGUUAUUCUGUCUGAUCAGUGUUUUCUCUAAUUCAAGUAUUCUCUGCUCUAUCUUUUUUUUUUUUUUUUCUUAAAGUCUCACCCCAGUUUUUUUGUGUGGUGAGGUGCUCUUGUGGUGCACUGAUGUGUAAUUUUGAACUCAAAUUCUAUUUGCUUGGAGAGUUUACCUUGUCAAUUCU